CCGGUUGGUUGCGGCGCAAGUCCGACCAGCAUGGCUGCGAUAGGGGUUCACUUCGGCUACACGUGUGCUUGUGUGGCUGUAUUUAAGGAUGGAAGAGCGGACGUUGUCGCAAAUGAUGCAGGUGAUCGAGUUACUCCUGCAGUUGUGGCUUACAGAGAGACAGAACAGAUUGUUGGAAUAGCAGCCAAACAGGGCAGAAUAAGGAAUGCUGCCAACACUGUGGUCAAAGUGAAACAGGUUUUGGGAAGAAGUUUUGAGGACCCAGAAGCGCAGACUCAUAAAUCUGAGAGCAAAUGUCCGGUCGUCAACAAGGGGGGGAAGCCGAGAUACGAAAUUGACGCGGGAGAAGCGACCAAAUUUGUGUCACCAGAGGAAGUUGCAAAAUUAAUCUUCCACAAAAUGAAAGAAACGGCCCAGUCAGCUUUAGGAUCUGACGUAAAUGAUGCCGUCAUCACUGUGCCUUUCGAAUUUGGCGAGAUGCAGAAGAAUGCACUGCGACAUGCAGCAGAGGAAGCUGGUUUCAACAUCCUGAGGUUGAUUCAUGAGCCUUCGGCUGCUCUCUUGGCUUAUGGCAUUGGGCAGGACUCAUCUACUGGAAAAAGCCAUGUGCUGGUGUACAAACUGGGAGGGACAUCGUUGACAGUGACGGUCAUGGAGGUGAACAGUGGGCUGUACAGAGUGCUGGCCACCCACACGGACCACAGCACAGGGGGCGAGAGCUUCACUCAGGCUCUGGCCCAGCACCUUGCAUCAGAGUUUAAAAAGUCCUUUAAGCAUGAUGUGACUGGAAACCCUAGAGCCAUGAUGAAGCUGAUGAACAGCGCAGAUGUCGCCAAGCACACUCUGUCCACGCUAGGGAGCUCAAACUGCUUUGUGGACUCGCUGUAUGAAGGAAUGGAUUUUGAUUGCAGUGUGUCCAGGGCAAGGUUUGAGCUUCUCUGUGCCCCCCUUUUCAAUAAGAGCAUUCAGCCAAUCAAGAGUCUGUUGGAGAGAGUCAGCCUCUCCACAAAUGACAUCAACAAGGUUGUACUCUGUGGCGGUUCUGCGCGGAUCCCCAAACUUCAGCAGAUGAUCCGAGAAAUCUUCCCUGAUGUGGAGCUGCUCAACUCCAUCCCUACGGAUGAGGUCAUCCCCGUGGGUGCGGCCAUCGAGGCUGGUAUCUUGGUGGGCAGGGACAGCUUCUUGUUGGAUGAGGACUCCAUCACAGUUGACUGCUGUGCCAAGGACAUCUUGGUUAAGGAGGCGGAUGAGUCAGGAGCAGAUGUGUACACGGUGCUGGUCCCUUCUGGCACCCCUCUCCCUGCCCGGAGACAGCAUACCCUUCAGGCCCCAGGAAGCCUGACUUCUCUUUGCCUGGAGCUCUACCAGUCUAGCAGCAGCAGCUGUGCCCUCCAGGAGAAAGUAGCUGAUAUUGUCUUGAAGAAUUUGGACCCAAUAGAAGAAAUUCGAGACAUCGUUACUGUUGCUACAAUGAAAAGGGAUGGGUCUUUGCACGUAACUUGUGUGGAGCAACAAACCAACAAGUCUGAAGCAAUCACUAUCGCAGCUGCAUCUUAAGCGGAAUCACUUUUGCAAUGGGUCAAGCUUCACGUGUCCAGAAAAUGUGAUGUCUAUACUUGAUUUUGUAGACAUUAGUGAAAGUAGACUGGAGAAAGGUAUGUCUAAAAUUUCCUGUACUCCUGUAAUAACUGUAUUUAAGAAGUGUAAUAAAUAUUCACAUUUUCCAUCAACAUUU